GAGACGAAGAGGCGACAGCGGCCGGAGCGCCCCUAGGCUCCCUUGGCUCCGUAAGCUCAGGUAGACUUGGCGGCGACCCGGCUGCAGCUGCAGGGGUCGGGCUGGCGGGGAGAGCGCGGGCCGCGGAGCAGGCCUCAGGGGUGAACCAUUUGAUGUAAAAGACUUGACUCCAUAAUCUACAUCUGCCCUAAUGCUGUCAUCUGGAGUAGAGACUCAGCCAGUUCCACUUGAUUCCUCCAUGUCUGCUGUGGUACAGGAAUUAUACUCUGAACUCCCAGUAAGUGUCUCCAAAGAGCUUCAUGCUGACUCUGAGCCAAGUGCAAUUCCAGAUAUAAAACCUGGAGCCUCAAGCUCUCUUUUAAGUCAGAGCAGGACAUUGCCCUUGGAGCUGCAGAGGACUCAUGCAGAAAGUUGUGAAGAAACCUGUGAGACCUUGGAUCAUAGGGGCCAGCCUGGGCGGUGUGGGCUAGUGGACCUCACAGCAGUAGGUUCUGUGGCCUCUGGGAUCUUGGAUAGGGAAGAAAAAAACAAGAGCAUGAAGCUAAAGGUCUUCAGAGAGCAAGGGGACCAGGCGGAAAUUAUAAGAGGUUCCUGUGAGGAAGCAAAGGAAGACCCACAUCAACAUUCCUCAGCUACUGAAGAAGAAAUCAGCCCAAGUCAGGAGGAUCUCCCAAUGCAGUCCAUCAAAGAACUUUUAUGUGAGGACCUCCCUGAAGAUUUUCUAAGGAGCAACGAAGGGAAUGUGAAGAUUGCAACUGAAAGUUUACUAAAAUCCUCUGAAGAAGUGCAAGGUAUGAAGGUCAGUGGGACUAAGAUGGAUAAUAAUGAAGGACAGAAGAAUGGCAAUGUGAGUAAAGGUCUCUCAACUGAGUGCAGCAAAUACCCAGGAGUAAACAAAAUCAUGGCCAGUGGUGAGGUUUCAGAAACCAGCACAUUAGUUACCGUAGAGUCUUUAACAUUUAUGGACGCUGGAUUAACAGAAGCAACUCCUAAAGAAAAAGAAUGUGAAGAAUUAAAAACUUGUCCUUCUUGGUUAUCAUUAUUACCAGGGAACAGUGCCAUUUCCAAAGUGGACAAUGGGAAGGAAGAGUUGUGUAAAUUAAACCUUGUCUGUGAAGCAGAUGACAAUCACCAACAGAAUCAUGGCCAUGAUAAUGAAAAACACAGUUCUACACGUGAUAGUCCCACAGUCAUGAGAAACAUAGUUGUUAUAGAAUCCUUGGAAGAAAAUUCUGAAAUGUCGUGUUUCACAACAAGUUUGUCUGGUCUGGAAUCCGGAAAAAUAUCUUUACAAAAGUGUGAUUUUGAAGGUGAUGGAUUGCUAAAGGAAUCUGCUGAAAAGACAGACAAUUCCUAUUUUGAUAGGAACAAUCAAAGUAAACACUUGGUUUCUAGAGAAGAAAAUGAAGAACUGCUUUUGAAUUCCAGGAGUGAAAGAAGAGAGCUCUUUCUUAUUAAUUCCAGGCAUCCAGAAAAGGAGAUUAGUGGUCAUUGUUGUGUUGAAAAAGAGAUGGUUGAUUCCUCAAAAGAAAAUAGCCACAGUAACGAUUACAUUCAAGACAGUCUCUGUGCAGAGAGCUCUGAUUCUUUAAUGCCCAACUGUUUUACUGAAGCCACAGAAAUAAGGUUUAAAAAAAAUGAUUUAAAAAUUACUUUAGACAGCUUGACAAACCUUGGUAGCUUGACAAACCCUGGGGACCAUAGAGAAACUUUUACUAAUAUGAGCCAUCCAGGUGGACACUCUAAAGAAAGCAAUUUUUACUCCUUGUUGCAGAUUGAAGAUCCAAAACAGAGAACCACUAUAGAGCCCAAUAUAUUAAGUGAAAAGAUUUACAGUAAAGACUCUUACUCUUUAGUCAUCAUCCAGAAAAGUCUGGAAGAUGACACUCAGUUAAAUGAAGCAUCAUGUAAUGAUUUUCUGUUUGAAGGAAAAUCCAUUGUGAGUUUAAUGCCAGAGAAUCAGAUAAGUCCUAUAAAUAAGAUAACAAAACCUAAAAAAGAUACUGCUCAGUUACCACCAUCCCCAGAAUUUGAUUACAGACUUGAGUUAGAAAAAGCUAUACAGGCCUCCCAGGAUGAUUGUCCACAUUUAGGGGAACAGAGCAUUACCUGUGAGAUGAGUGAACUUUCUUGUACCAAUGAACUGGUUGUAAGCAAAGUAGACAGUGAAUGUGUUUUAAAUCAACAAGUGUCCCUUAAUUCUCAAGAAUACACAAAGUUGCCAACGGACUCCCUGCUAUAUAAAAACAAAGAGAUGCCUUUAGCAGCAAGCAAAGAUGCCCAACAGAGCUAUCACCCUCCAUUAGAGGAUGAAGCAGGUGUCAUUGCUGAUAUUCAAACCAUUCCCAUUCAGACAAAAGUAAGAGACAUUUCUCCACCAGGUGACAAAACCUGUGGUGCCUCUUUAAACAAUCCCACUUUAGACAUCAAACCAAGAAGCCUAGAGAGAGGAGAAGAAAUGGCUGAUUCAGGAACAAAAGUUCUACCUUCCAGGUUUCUCUCAAGUAAGAAAGAAGCAGCUGGCUUUUUUCAAGUGGUCUCUGUUGUUCAAUCUCAGGAUAUCCAUAGCUAUCAUUGUGUAAGAGAAAAUGCACUAGAAGAAAACAUAUGUUCUACUUGUUUUGCUUUUGAGUCUAGCAAAAUUAGCCUAAAAGUUGACUCUUUGACAAAAAAUAGUGAAUCUGCAUCUCAGCACAGAAAUCACCACUCCCAAGCGACAGGAGACUCUGUGGAAAGUAGCAGGUGUAAAGUAAGUUAUGCAUCAGAGGAAGGUGAACUUGAUGGGAGAGAAACUAAUGGCAGCCUUCCAGGAGAUAAGAUCAGAAACAAAAUGACAGCAGGCAUGUUAAAUAGUAGAGUUUCAAACAAAACCAUUCACGCCACCAGUCACAUCAAACCCAGUGAGGAAGGGCUGGAAGGAAAGGAACAGGAUAUAUCCCAAAAGACUGUAUUUUGUGAAUGUAACAUCUCUGAUGGUGCUCCGCAAGAACUAAAACAGUCCGCAAACAUUCCAAGUCCCGAAAAAUUGUUGAACCAGUCUCCUACUAUUAUGUUCUCCAAUUUUAAAAACAUGAACCAAGCAGUUGAAACUCUUGAUCAGAAGGCAGCUGAAGUUCUUGACUUCCAGAGUAAUCAAAACAGACCAGAUGAAUGCAAAAGUAAAGAUCAGCCCGCUAAGGAGACGCUAGGUAGUAACCAGAGAGAAACUGUCACAGAGCCUGAUGGGGUUGUCAGCCACAACCAAAAAGAUUUUCUGGUUAGUUCAGGCAUUAAUAACUCACUAUCUAGUGAUAGUCCAAAGAAAGGUAAUUUGAAGGGAGUCUUUGAAAGUAUUUCUGGUCGUGAGGAGUCCACAGACAGUAUGGUAGACAUCGUCUACACAGAACGUAGUCAUAAGCCGACAGAAGGUAUGCUGGGCAUGAAAUUAUCCAGAACACUUGAUAGUGGUACAAGGCAACAUAGACUGGUGCUCCAAGAAACCUCAAGGAGUACCUUGUCUCAGAGAGGAGAACUGAAUGCUGCAUUUAUAGGAAUAACUGACCAGUACUCAAAUUUCUCAGACACCACUGCUUCUACAGUAGAAUCUCUUGAAAUAAAAAAAUCAUGUGAAGGAAAAGUAUGCAGAUUUUCUAAAGGUUGUGAAAUAGAAAAGUAUUCAGACUCUUCUGUCCAUGAGAUAGAGUCUAUUGCAGAUCAUGAACCAAUUAUAAGAAUAUUAGGUAGAGUAAACAAGUCUUUAAAUCAUAUCCAUCAUGAACAUCAAGGUAAAGGAGCAUCUCUGGGAGAAACACAAGAAAUGACUGAAGGAUCAAGACUAGAAAUACAUUCUGAUCUUUGCAAGGAAAAUACCUUUGGAAUUUUUUUUAAAGAGUUGAUGUCUUCUAGAUGCCAAGAUGAGAACUCUGUCUCCCUAGAGAGCCCAAAAUCCAUUGAGAUAAUGCCUUUGUGUCUGUCUUCGCAAGAAAAGUUAGAAACUAAUAUUAAUAGUGAAGAAACUGACCUGAAAAAUCCUGUUAAGCCAAAAGAUGGUGAAAUGCUUUGUGAAAACAUAAAGGACUGCACAGUCCUGCCUGAGACGAAGGAAGAAGUACCAAGAGAUAUGAGUAAUUCUAGUGAAGGAACCAGCAUAUAUAUCAUUGUGGAAAAGAAUGCUUGCAAAACUUGUCAUCCUCAUGAGAAUUCUACUGAUAGACAUUUGCCUUUGACAAUGGAAACAGAAACUAAAGUGAAAGGAGAAGAAGUAGAAGAAUAUCAGAGGGAACCACUGGGUCAUUUAACUGUUGGGGAGGAAUCUGAGGAGAUGAUUUCCAGAAAAGAUGAUGAUGGUAAUAAUAUGAGUGAAAUUACCCAGACUCAUUGUAAAUGCCAGAAGAUCCUUAAUGAUGCUGUAAAACAGCAGAGCCAGAGGGUUUUGCUGUUGCAGAAGGAAGAGGAAUAUAUGCAUCAAAAAGAAGCGCAUUCGAUACUGGAACGAAACACAUCAUCUGAUAUGUUGUUACACGAUGUGCAAAAUGAGAAUGAACCUAAGGUUGACAAAAAUGAGUCUACCAUGAUGAAAGAAAUUACUCUAGCAAAGCUGGCCAAGGGCAACAUUACGGCAUGGAUUCUGAAGUUGGAAGACCAAAAGGAAGAAAGCUUAUGUCAUUCAUUAAAGAAGGACAUGGCGUUGUAUACUGGUCCUUGCCUUCCGGGUACCCCCAGGAAAGCACAGGAGCCCCACUCUGCUGAGUGUGAUCAAAUACAUGGUGCCUUUGUGAAGAAAGGAGUGUUUCCCUUAAAGAAGUAUACCCACCGAACAUGUAAGAAGGUUUCCUGUCAGGAGCAAGUCAGCAUGGGGAGAAAAAUAAGUAAAAUCAGAAGUUCUGCCUUUUUAAAGAGUUCCUCCAAUCCCGUCCCCUCAAAAGCACACAGAGUUCUCAGUUCAUGUGCUUUGUCUGCACCUACACGAUUAGAACCUGAAACAGUACCUACCAGGAGCUUGAUUAGCCACAUACCAAAGCAGAAGACUACACCGUACUAUCCCUUAAGGAGCCUGAAUUUUAGGAAACUUACCAAAGAAUCAGCCUUACUAAACAAGCUGUCCAUCCUUGCCUCCAAACUGGUCCCAGCUGCAAAGACCCAGAAACUGAGAUAUCAGCGGUGUUCCUCUGAACUUCCAGUGGCUAAAACCUACAAGCACCUCAGAUAUAAAAGACUCCUGGAUGGAUUUUCAUACAACACAAUGCAGCUUAACCCAUAUUUGGCAGCUAGUAGAUGGGAUAAGAGGCCUAACAGUGAGCCCUUGGCACAUUAUUCUCUUGAAGCCAUCAAAAUGAGCUUCAUAGAUCUGAGCAACAAGAUGCCGUCACUGCUGUUUGGUUCCAAAAUCUUCCCAGUAUCCUUUCACAUGAAAUCUGGCUCAGAUUACAUAACUGAGUCCUCAAGGACUUUUCCUGAGCAUUGUGCUCCAGCAAGGCUUGCCUUAGGACAGGCCCCCCAGUGCCCGUCUCAACCUUCCAAGUGGACCUUUUCUUUCUUCUUAUCCCAUGGUUGCCCUGGGAUGGCCACAUUCAGGGAAGACACUGGCCUCCAUAGUCAGGCAUACACUCAGGCUCCUCCCCAGCCUCCAGCUCCUCUCGAAGACUAUGGAGGCACUGCCAUAAUCCAGACCAGAGCAGAUUGCUCUGUCCUUGGCCUUCACACGCUUCUAGCACUUUGUUCUCCAGGAUGUUACCGAAUCUGGACAAAAAAACGGAACUUCUCCAGUCACAUGCCCACUAUACAGAGGUUCUUUAUGACCCAGUUUACCCAGGGUUUGAAAGGGUUAAGAUCUCCAGCUUCCAUAGCAGACAAGAUCUUCUGUUCUCUACCCUACUCAGUGGGCAGAGUGCUGUCCAUUUGGAGCCAGCAUGGGCCUUCUGCCUGCUCCUUCGAAAUCUCUGCUCUUCAUUCCACUCACAGCAAGCGGCAACCAAGUCUGAGCACAACAAGCAGCCACACCAUAUUACCAUACGUGCCUCUCCCAGCCGUGGAAGCUACGUAUAACACCAGCGGCAGUCAGAUGAGGCUAGAGUCUCCAUUCCCUGCAUUGGUACCAAAGUCUUGCUUGGUAGCAGAACCCUCUGUCAGCAAACUCCUGCUUUCAGCCUCUGAAUUCCAAGUUUCUGGAUUCAAUGAGCUAGAUGGUGUGACAGCAGGAUGUCCUCACCCACAGAGCAGACCUCCAGAACAGAAAGAGACUGAACCAGAGAAGAGGCCAAAGAAAGUCUCACAGAUUCGCAUCCGGAAAACCAUUCCUAGACCAGACCCUAAUCUGACCCCCAUGGGCCUUCCUCGACCCAAAAGGCUAAAGAAGAAGGAGUUUAGUUUAGAAGAAAUAUAUACCAACAAGAAUUAUAAGUCUCCUCCUGCAAACAGGUGUUUAGAGACUAUCUUUGAAGAACCCAAGGAACGAAAUGGUACACUAAUCUCAAUCAGUCAACAGAAGAGGAAGCGAGUUCUAGAAUUUCAGGAUUUUACAGUCCCACGAAAGAGGAGAGCUCGAGGUAAAGUCAAGAUGGCAGGCAGCUUUACCAGGGCCCAGAAGGCAGCUCUUCAGAGUCGAGAGCUGGAUGCUCUUUUGAUACAGAAACUAAUGGAACUGGAGACCUUCUUUGCCAAUGAAGAGGAGCAGGAACAGUCAUCAGGGUGUUGAGAAGCAAUUCAAUUUGGAGUACCAAUUUUAGAUUUUUUUUUUUUUGGACCUCCUUGGAAGAGGUUGCCUGAUAUUGCCCUACCACCUGUACCACUCAAAACGCACAGUCCAUGAAUUUUUACUUGUUUCAAGGUGCAAACUUUUUAGGACCUGGUGAAGAGGGUCUUCUACUUCUACUGCUGAGUAUAGAACCUCAGGAAUGCUCCUUUUCUCCUGGAAAUGGUCCUGAAUGACAUCUGGCCUCCUCCUCCCAUUCUCUGCCAUUCACAGGAGGAAGAAGCAGCAUAUCUUCAGUAACACUAGGAUUCCAAGGACUCACAGGAUUUGCACGUCCAUAUGAAAGUUCUGCUUUGUUUACGGUGGUGCUAGACCAAGAUUAUUUAGAGGCAUGGCCUAGGGAGGGGGACCUGGCGUUCUGUCCUAUGUGGUCUCACCGGCUCAUGUCAGUAGUUGAGGAAAGAUGA